AUGAAAGGAGAAAACAAACCAUCGCGAUACCGCCGCAUCGGAGCUGGUGCCUGCGGGACAGUCUGGGCGCCCUCAGAGCGAGGCCCAGCCUACAAACGAGAAGAUGGCGGCCUUGCUCGAUCUCUCAGAAACGACUACGAGAAGCAUCAGAGAAUCCUUCACAGCCUAGAUAUCCUACCACAUUCAGGGAUCCAGCCUCGUAUCCACGUUCCCCGCUGCUAUACCUUUAUUCAACCUACAGAUGAAUCCUGGUGGGCAGAGCAUUUCCCCCGCUUCCCUGAGGGCUACUCACCAUGUAAUGUCAUUCACUCUCAGCGCAUCGCUCCCUUUCCCAAAGCAACGAGAGAGCGUCUUGUCACCGAAUACUGCCCCUCUGAUCUCGCAACUGAGAUUCUAGCCAGCGAGAUGAACGAGGACUGUCUGGUUCGGCCGUAUCUCGGUCGAAGACGUACACAGGUGCAUCAGCGCUCGCGCGCAUCGAGGUUCAAGGCUUUUUCGCUCCGCAACUAUCCGCUACAUGUAGACCAGAUGGAGGAACUCGGAAUCCCGUCCCGGGAUAUGAGGGGAUACGCAGAAGUCAUGGCGGAGACGCUGGCGAUUAUGCACUGGGUCGUGCAGGUCGAUGCGAACGAUGUAGAGUUUGUCCUUGCUCCUCCUGAUGGGGAGAAAUGCGAAUGGGAGAACGUGCUCGGGGAGCAUGCGAUGUGGAUGCUUGAUUUUGACCUGUGUAGGGAUAUGUCUAUGGAUAAGGCGGGGGUAGAGCAAGCUGUCGCUGCGUUCUGGAAAAAUGAUCCAUUUUAUCCCCGGCCAGAAGAAUCAUUUCUGUGGCAGGCGUUUCGAGAGACGUACUUGAGCACGAGCCAGCAGAUUGUGGGGGAUAGACCGGGUGAUCGGCGGCUUGAGCUGGCGAAGCUUUUUGUUGACUCGCUUGAGGAGGGACCUCAGUGA